AUGGUAAACAACAAUGCCAACAACACUACUUAUAACACCAACAACACAACCAACACCACUGCCACCAACUUCUUUUCUACUAACACCACUGCUACCGACACCGCCACCAACACCGCGACCACCAACACCAUGACAACCACCACUGCCUCCAACACGGUAACCGACCAUGCCAACAACACUACUUAUAUCGCCAACAACACCACCAACAUCACUGGCACUAACAUCUUUUCUACUAACACCACUGCUGCCAACACCACUGCCACCAACACCGUGACCACCACCACUGCCUCCAACAUGGUAACUGACACUGCCAACAACACUGUCAACAACAUCACUAACACCUCCAACAACACUGCCAACGACACCUCAAGCAUCACCAGAAACCCCUCAAACAACACCGCCAAAUUCACUACCAACACCUCUAACAACACUGACAACAUCACCGUCAGCAACACAACAAACAACUCAUCCGACAACUCAGUUAGCAACACUUAA